UUGGAAAUCCAUUAAUUACACUUAUCAGACAAACUCAAUGUAAUAUUGUAGAAAUGAACCAAAAAUGUCCAAUAUACGACAAAGAUGGGAAAUUAAUUGAUUUACAAAAAAAUGAAAUGAUUUUAAAUUCACUUAAUAAAAUUCUGAAUACAAUUUGUUAUAUUGUUCAUGAAAUGGGAAUAACUAAAAUUGAUGGAGAUUCUCCAAAUUCUCAAAAUAAUAAUAAAAAUAUUGCUAAAAAAGGAGGAAGAAAAAUAAACUUGGGAGAAGCUAUUCAACUUAUUUUAAAUCAAAAUGAACUUCGAGUAAAAACAAGAUUAAUGAAAUAUUGGCAAAGAUUUGAACAACUUUGUAAUAAAUUGAAAGAUGCUGGAGAAAAGGCAAGUUUUUUUUGUGAAAUUGUUGGGCGAUUGUGUGAAUUUUGUACAGAUAUAUUUUUAAUGUUGUUUCUAUCUUUUCUUAAGAUUGCAAAAUUUUGGUUUAUAGUUUAA